UUACGUCAAAAAAACGAGUUACGAACGAAACGUAAAACUUCAAAAAAUUUAUAAAUUGUGCCGAAAUUUUUAACCGUGACAGUAGUCUGGGAUUUAAAUUUUAUUGCGACUGCAUGUAUGUAUGGAUAUUGUUGAAAAAUCCUGAAACGACCUCUGAGCGUUGCAGUAAAUUUGAGCAUUGGUCACCUUGGUGCAUGUAACAGAUAAAAUGUCUUUUAAUUCAAGAAUAUUGCUUCCUGUUGCUCUGGGCAUGUCCCUGGUCUCUGUGACUGCCUUCGUCGUAUAUUAUGUGUUUAAAAAAGAUGAAGAGGAUAAGAAUGAAAAUCUGGUCAAGACUUCACGGAUCAAUGUCAUAGAAAUAAAUAUUCCUAAGAGCAUUGUUCCAGCUUUGAUUGGGCGCAGCGGUUCGAAUAUAAAAGAAAUAGAGCGCAAGUCUGGAGCGCUCAUCCACUUCAAGAAGUUCAGCGACAAAGAUUAUGACGUGUGCAUCGUUCGGGGCCGAAGCGAGGCUAGUCAGCUGGCCGAGACGCUGAUACACGACUUUAUAAAGGAGCAGCCGUUGAUCGUUGACGAUAAAAUUGAAGUGCCUGGAUGGGCUUGUGGCAGGAUUAUUGGUGUGGGUGGUGAGAACAUAAAUGACAUUAGCCACCGCAGCGGCGCGCGUGUUAAGAUCGACGGACCGAACUUGGGCGACCGCGCCACGCAGCGGCAAGUGUCUAUUAAAGGCACCAAGGAACAGAUCGAAGUCGCCAAAGGACUCAUCGAGAAAUGCGUAGCCCAAGAGAAGUGCCGCCGCGAGAUCGAGCAGUCGAAGCGAAGCCCGCGGCACGGUACUCCCGCGCCCGAUACGUCCGAUGACGCGCCAGGUGACACCAAGCAUGCCAAGUAUAAGCGGCCUGCGGAAGCAAGCGGCGCGUCCAUCGAGGUAUACGUCUCGGCCGUGUCGUCACCGUCGCGCUUCUGGGUGCAGUUCGUGGGCGCACAAGUGUCGCAGCUCGACGAGCUCGUGGCGCACAUGACUGACUACUACGGCAGCCGCGAGAACCGCCAGGCGCAUGAGCUAUCUCAAGUGAGCGUGGGGCAGGUGGUGGCGGCGGUGUUCCGCCACGACGGGCGCUGGUACCGCGCGCGCGUGCACGCCAUCCUGCCCAACGAGUUCGACGCCACCAAGCAGUGUGCCUUAGUCGCGCUGCAACUGACGCGCACUGCUUCUGACCCGCGUUUGGUCUAUGGGAGCCUUAACAUAUGCCCAACGAGUUCGACGCCACCAAGCAGGUCGGUGCAACCUUGCUGCUUUGAGUUAGGGUUCAAAAUAGUAAUAAAUCAUACCCUGGUGGUGGUGGCGGUGUUCCGGCACGACGGGCGCUGGUACCGCGCGCGCGUGCACGCCAUCCUGCCCAACGAGUUCGACGCCACCAAGCAGGUGGCGGACGUGUUCUUCGUAGACUACGGAGACAGCGAGUAUGUGGCCGUGAAUGAACUCUGCGAGCUACGCGCCGAUCUACUGCGGCUAAGGUUCCAGGCGAUGGAGUGCUUCCUAGCGGGUGUGAAACCAGCAGGCAAGGAGGCUGAUGUGGUGGGCGUGACUGCCGCCGGCGCCACCUGGGACAAGUGGCACCCGCAGGCCAUCGAGCGCUUCGAGGAGCUCACGCAGGUACUGGCGACUAGUGGCACUAGUCACGGCACUAGUCGCACUACAGUCUAGCGGGCAAGGAGGC